AAUGGUCUUGUGCCGAUUGUCGAACCAGAAGUCCUCCCAGAUGGUGACCAUACUCUUGCAGAGGCUCAGUACGCUACGGAAAAGGUACUUGCAUGCACUUACAAGGCACUGUCUGACCACCACGUUUAUCUCGAGGGCACCUUACUCAAGCCUAAUAUGGUGGCACCUGGUCAAUCCUGUCCAUUUAAGGCUUCAGUUGAGGAGAUUGCAUACGCUACUGUCCAGACUUUGCUUCGAACAGUCCCUGCUGCCGUUCCUGGAAUUACUUUUCUCUCUGGAGGACAAUCUGAGGAGGAGGCUGCUCUUAAUUUGAAUGCAAUCAACCGUGUUGCUCUUCGCCGACCUUGGGCGUUGACUUUUAGCUUCGGUCGUGCCCUUCAGGCUUCUGUGCUAGAUGCUUGGAAAGGGAAGUCAGAAAACGUAAAGGCUGGGCAGGGCGCUUUUCUAGAACAGGCCAAAGUAAGUAAAGUCUUAAUAUUUGUCGCAAAGUUCCUAUAUAAACAGGCCAAAAUCACUUGUGUAGGUUCAUUAGUAUAUUUUUAUCAAGUAACAAAAUUAUAUAUAAUUAAUCUCAAGUUUUGUGGUUACUACAGUGAGUGA